ACACACGUUGAAGCCUAUUUUUAACUUAGUAUAUUAGACUUGUUGUAAUGAAGUUUAGUUUGGCAAUUGGCAAUUCACCAUUUAGAAAAUUGUUUGAUUUGUUUUUAUUGUGCUAGUUGCUGUCAUUUUGCAGUUUGCACAAGUAUUUGUAGCUAAGUCAUGUCAAUUCAUCUAUAUGGUGCAUAAUGGUUUUUUAGUGUACACUUUCCACCCCUCUUUCCUCCUUUUGGAUAGAAGUUGCUCAAAAUGUUCCAUCUCGUGAAUUAAUUGUUUCCCUGUUUUCAUAGGCAGGAAGCGUGGAUGUUCAAUUAUAUAUACGUUUGUUUAGGAGCUAUUUUUGAUACCCUGAAAUCAUUUGAUUCAUAGACCUAUUAUCUUUUAUGCUAUGAGUUGGUCUAAAUGUAUAUUUUGUUGUCUCCAUUAGACUGAGGAUCCACUAUCUUUUCAUUGUAGAUAAUAUAUGGGUCCUCGAAAAUGUUCUGCUUCAGUUUUCCUGAUAAUUUAUGUUCCAGACUUAUGAUGGAAUGAUUAUUGGAGAACAUUCUAGGGAAUCAGAUCUAGAUGUUAAUCUUGUAAGAACUAAAGAAAACUUACCAAUAUCCGUUCUGCUUGCAAAGAUGAAAACGUGAAGCUAUCUCCACCUCGACUUAUAUGAGUCUUGAAGAAGCGAUAGGAUACGUUGCAUCUGAUGAACUUAUUAAGGGAGAUGGAUCUCUUGCUAGUUCCUUAUUCCUCAGAUCCCAGCCUAAAAAUAAUCCAAAUGCCUCCCUUUUUACUAGCCAGCAAGAUUCCAAUAGCAUUGGAUAUGGCUGUUGAAUUUCGAUCCAGAGAUUCUGACCUAUGGAAGCACAUUUAUGCAGAUGAGUACAUGAAAUGUGAAGUGAUAGAGUGUUGUGAAUCUUUAAAAAAUGUCCUGAAUGUUCUGGCAGUUGGAGAAAAUGAGAAAAGUUCAAAGAAAGUGUUAAACAAUUUGCUCAAGAUAACAUUGCUCCCCAUGCCACAAAAAUUGAUCAACCCAACUCUUUUCCAAAUGAUGUUAACUUAUGGAAGCUCAUUCGGGACUUCGAUCUCCAUGGAAUUAGAACAUCAGUUUCAAUAUUGUAGACCAAGUGGAUGUUACGGUGAUGCUGUUAUUCUACAUUUGUGCUCUGCUAUGUAGUUGUUUCUCUUAUCGACGCAUGUAGUGAUAGAUUCAACUGGAGUCGACAACUUCAUAAGUUUACUUUCAAAGAACAUUUUCAGAGACGAACAUUCUCGGUUGGUCGUUUAUGCUUCUGCAGAAAAUCUUGUUAGAUGUAUUCUAAUGCUAUUUAAAAUAUUUUUUGAUUAAGGGUUGGGAUUC